GUAGGUUACGCUCGCACAUGCGCAGAAGCGGCGGAGUAAUUGUUGAUAUUCUGCUGUGUAGUAUUGAUCUUUAGACGUUGGCUUUUUAAGCCAAUACAUCCCCGAUUAAGGGCUAUUAUUUGUAUAAGUUAGCACAGGAAAGGAGCAUGUCCAUAUGAAGGGUUGAUGGAGGACGCCAGGGACAUGGCUGAGCGCACCCCACGUUCCGAACGAAAGAGGAGGGAUUCGUUUGGGAUGUUUGAUGGGUAUGACAGCUGUAGUGAGGAGUCGACCAGCAGUUCCAGCUCGGACGAUAGUGAGGAUGAGGUGGUUCCCGCAACCCUGCCCAUUAUUAAGAACAAUGGACAGGUUUACACGUAUCCUGAUGGCAAGGCGGGAAUGGCCACUUGCGAGAUGUGCGGGAUGGUGGGCGUGCGUGAUGCAUUCUAUUCCAAGACCAAACGUUUCUGCAGUGUAUCCUGCUCCAGAAGCUAUUCUUCCAAUUCCAAAAAAGCUAGCAUCUUGGCUAGACUUCAGGGUAAACCACCAACGAAAAAAGCCAAGGUGUUACAGAAACAGCCUCUCAUGGCAAAGCUGGCAGCUUAUGCACAGUACCAAGCCAGUCAGCAGAACCAGGCCAAACUGAAAGCUGCUGUGGCCCCGGUCGAAAGCUUUGACUGGGGUCGAUACAUCGUCAACAAUAGCACGGCAGGAGCCCCCGUUGGCUGUUUCAAGCAUGCCCCCAUGGGAACCUGCUGGGGAGACCUAGCGGAAGGUGUGAGGGUGGAGGUGCUCAACUCGGACACCACCCUCUCGACCAAAGUCUACUGGAUAGCAGGGAUCAUUAAACUAGCAGGGUUCAAGGCGCUACUGCGAUACGAGGGCUUUGACAACGACACCAGCAAAGACUUCUGGUGUAACCUGGGCAUCCCAGAGAUCCACCCUGUUGGCUGGUGUGCAUCCAGCAACAAGCCCCUCGUACCUCCGAAAACCAUACAGCUCAAAUACUCCAACUGGAAGGCCUUUCUCGUCAAGCGCCUCACCGGUGCCAAAACACUGCCAGCGGACUUCGCCACCAAGGUGCACGAAAACUUGCAGUUCCCCUUUAAGAAGCUGAUGCGCGUGGAGGUUGUGGACAAGAACCACCUGAGCAGGACGCGGGUGGCCCUGGUGGAGCAGGUGAUCGGCGGCCGGCUGCGGCUGGUGUACGAGGACAGCCUGGAUGGCUCGGACGACUUCUGGUGCCACAUGUACAGCCCGCUCAUCCACAACAUCGGCUGGUCGCGCAGCAUCGGCCACCGGUUCAAGCGCUCCGAUGUGACAAAGAAGAUGGAGGGUCAAAUGGAUGCUCCGUCACCACUAUUCCAGAAGGUGAGAGAUGUGGACCAGACUGGGGAGUGGUUCAGAGAUGGCAUGAAGCUGGAGGCCAUCGACCCACUAAACCUCUCUGCUAUAUGUGUGGCUACUGUAAGAAAGGUGUUGGCAGACGGCUACCUCAUGAUUGGAAUCGACGGCUCGGAGGCAGUGGAUGGCUCGGACUGGUUCUGCUACCACUCCACCUCCCCUUCCAUCUUCCCUGCCGGCUUCUGUGAAAUCAACAGCAUUGAACUCACACCCCCAAGAGGGUGCACUAAACUACCAUAUAAAUGGUUUGACUACCUCAGAGAAACGGGUUCAAUAGCGGCUCCGGUCAAGCUCUUUAACAAGGACGUCCCCAACCACGGCUUCCGCCAGGGCAUGAAGUUGGAGGCGGUGGACCUGAUGGAGCCGCGGCUGGUGUGCGUCGCCACGGUGACCCGCAUCGUCCACCGCCUCCUGCGCAUCCACUUUGACGGCUGGGAGGAUGAGUACGACCAGUGGGUGGACUGCGAGUCCCCCGACCUCUACCCCGUGGGCUGGUGCCAGCUGACCGGCUACCAGCUGCAGCCGCCCGCCGCGCAGAGCGCCCGGGAGAUGCCCUCUAGCAUGCCCAAGCAGAAGAAGAAGGCAACGCAGUACAAAGGACAAAAGAAAAAGCGGAAGAUCCCAGUCGGUCGAAGGCCCUUCGGUCAAGCAGGGAGGAGGAGGAGCUUUUCUGGGGACGAGGAGCAGAGCCCGCCCCCCUACCCUGCCCCCGGACCCACCCGGCCACGCCCCCGCACCCACCUCCACCUCCAACAAACGCACAAAUCAGAGUCUCUGCUGCGGCUGAAGGAGGAGGCGACCGAGGGGGACGAGUUCACCUUCUCGCAGGGCGUGUCCGACCAGGAGAGCAACGGAUCGGCGGGCUACUACAUCAAACAGGAGCCCUGAGAAGGUUCUGCAACGGGGAACUGGGGGGGGGGGGUGUGAACACACGACGACAGAACAGCGCCUUGUCAACCAUUUCGGUUCUGUAUUGGUUUUAUUUUGAACGGGCCUGGAGAUCUUACUGGAGAGAGGGGGUACAGAGAAGCUGUCUCUGGCCCUUUGCAAAACUUUGUAGCUGUGUCCACGCACGCACACGCGCAUAUAUAUUGUGGCCCAGUUCAUCCUUCAGGAAGAGGAGGAGGGAUCGGACACAUUUUCUCAGCCCCCCCCCCCCCCCCUCUCCCUCUACCGGUUCAUGGCAUUGGGAGGGAAGAGUUCCAAAAUAUCUGCUCCUUUUUCCGGAAGAAAAACCUCAUCGAAAUCCAUAGCAAGAGACUGAGCUCUAGAUGUGUCCCCCAGAUGGCAGGAGAGUGGGAGCUGCUGGUGUAGACGGAGAUAGGGCAGGAAUAGGAGCUGCCGCUGCUGCUGCUGGUAUAGAUGGAGGUAUUCUUGCAAGGUUCCAUCAAAGCCACGUCUGGCCUUAACACCUGGCUGAUGCCACCACUCUGGGACCGGAUGCGGGGGAAGCCGCACAGAGACCUGCAGAAACUGUGACUAAAAACAUUUAUUGGCGGUGGCGUUGGGUGUAAUUAAACAGAGAAAAAAAACGACAAAAAAAUAUCUUUCCUUCGCUGACUUUAUUUGAUGUUUUUUUUUUUUUUUUCCUUGAAAGCAUUUUCACCAAUCCAGAGAGAAGCGGGGGAAAGAAAAAGACCGAAUUGUGUAUGUUUUCGUUCUUCCUGUAGUUUUGAACAGUUUUGCCAGGUGGACUGAUACUUUUGUUUAUAGUACUUGAAGUUCUGUUAUUUUGGUCAUAUUCUGUCUUAAAACGAUGAUAACUUACUUUGCAUAAAUUUUGGUGGCUGGAUGGGGUACUUAAUGUGUGUUGUUCUAUAAGAGUGAGUCUAUUGAUAAAAUAGUAUGAUAAACUAUGGAUAGAGAACUACAGUAUAUAAGAUUUUAAUUUGAACAGAGGACAACUUUCAAUUGCUAGACGGGGUUGGACUCUAGCCACUCCCUGCCACCAUUAUAAAUAAGGUCUCUUGAAUGAACAUAAAGAUAAUGUGGGAGGGAUGUCCUUCUGCCCUUGAAACCAUUCACUUAUAUUGGACUACAGUCCUGGCAUUUGUUUUUCCACUGAUAACAGCCGUACACCUCCUCCCACAAUGCAUUUCAGGAAAUUAUCGAGCACCAGCACUCUCUUAGGAUUCUCUGUUAGUUGGUUGUUUAGAUGCAAGUGGAUUUUUUAUCAGGGUUCUAUUCAUCAAUUCAUGCAGAGGCCCAGAUCCCCAUGUUGGAGUAUCGUCAUCUUUCUACAUAAUUAGUUUGAAGUGUAUUGGCAAUGUCUGACUUAGUAAUAACAUUGAGUUAAUUUGAUGGCUUUGCCAUGGUGCACAUUAAAAACAUCAAGACCUCCUUACAUGCCUCCUGGAAGCCACCUCAGUCAGACUUGUGGUUAUUCUAAGACAGGCCUUUAUAAACAGUCCAUUUGGCUUAUCAUACCUUAAUUUGAAUAUUAUUGCAUAGUUUUCCAAACGCCAUUGAUGAGAUCAACACUUGCUGCAGCAUGAGCUGAGCAGUGGCCUGUGAUGGAAACAUCUGAUUAGUAUGUAGGCCAGUGCCUCGUGCUUUCUUAUUCCCAAAUCAACCUACAUGCUUCUUCAGGUAUUGCUAUUGUCUUUUGGUGUGCAUAAAAGCAACAAAAUGGUGUCAGAUUGUACUGCUGGCUUGUUAUACCAGUCCAAUCCGCCAUGUUCAAAUACACUACACGGGCUGGUCAGACUUAACCUGUGUUUUUCAUUUGUUUUUGGACCAUGAUUAACGUUUUCAAGUGGCUGUGUGGCUGCUAUUCAGUAUAGUUUCUUUCUCCCAUAACUCUCACAUGGUGAGGACACGAGAGGCAUGUAUGUAUGUAAUGGAUGUGCGUACAAGAAAACGCAGCAGAUAUUUUGUCUCAAUCAAGCGGCUGAAUGUGUUGACGUUAUGUAAGAGUAUAUGCAAGGUGUUUUCUGUUCCAUUGCUUGAGUUCUCAUGUCAGAGCCAUAUGUAUGCAAGUAGUCAGUUAUUCAGAUGAGCCACAGAAUAACCGGUUUAUGUUCAGUAAUAAAUUAAUACGCAAUGCACUGCUAUUACAUAUAUCCUUAAAGGCAGCAUUCACACAGUGAGUUCUAGAAGUGGCACAAGACAGAAUAUGUAGAAAGAUAUUUUUGCUUUAUUAUAAGAAUGAUAACAUGGAGCAAAAAAAAGACAAUUUAUUCCAUUCGAUUUUGUUUUAUUCAUAGUUUCGAAAAAUUGACACAAAUCUGUAUGUGACAAUUUAGUUUAUUGUUCUGAGUCGGAAACUUGCAGCUAUUUAUCUACUACCUCCUGGUGAAAUUGAGCACAUAUCCAAGAGUUUGUGUGUUUAUGCUACUGCUGUGGGAUAGCAUAUGCAAAAUGAAAAAUCUGUAACCUGAAAUGUUUCUCUGGAAGACUAGACACCAAACAUAAGAAUUUUAUCACAGCUUGCAGGAUAGUCUUCUGAUUAGAUUAAUAUGCAAUAAAGUUCCCGUAUUCUAUAUUUUACGUAGACAUCAAAGAUCUAACCCUCUAAUGUCACUACAUUGAAAUAUAAAUUACAUAAAUAUUCUAACCAGAUAUUGUAUCACCUUUUAUUUAGUUUUUGGGGCUGUUACCAUAACCCAUGCCGAAUACUCUCUCUGUGACAAUAGAACAACAACACAUGAGCUCAUUCUUUACCAGUAUGAUUCCGGGUUUAAAUCUCAGGAAAAAGCUUUUUCUGCAUUUCCUUCGAAUCAGUUUGUAUUUCCAACUGCAUUAUUCAAAGCUUUGUGUGAGUCAAAUAGCAUGGGUUGAAAUGCCAGCUGGGGGUUGCUGCCAAGUGUUUGUUCGGCUGAUGUCCUGUUUUCAUAUCCUCCUUGCUCGUAUCUCCUCUAAUUGUUCUGUUCUGUGUUCAGCUAAUCGUGUUGUUGAUUGAUGAGGUCGCCCCAUUAUUUAUUGAGAAGUUCAAUAUGAUUGCUUGCAGUUUUAUGUUAGAUUUUUGUAAUUGGCAUUGUCAUUGGUAUUUUGAUUAGGGGGUAUUCAAUGAGGUAAUUUUUGGUUCCAAGUGGAUAACAAAGGCAACUAAAAUACAAUGGUUCCAAGACCAAAUGAGCAAUAACAUUGUAGUGUCACACAAUCAUAAGUAGAAGGGUGGGCUUUUGAUUAGACUUUCAUUUGAGAGUAUAUUUCCCAUUUUGUAAGGAGGGAGGAGGGUAAGAAUCAAGCAUUUAUAACUUUACUCACCCAGUUGCAUCAUAACCCAGUGCAAUUCCAAGACUGUUUUAUGGACUCACGUUGCUGCUACGUUAAAAAAUAAGUCCCUCACAACUCGCAUUUUGGUUCAUGCAAAAUGCGCCACCUCACAAAUUGAAAUGGAAAAUUUCUCACUAGUCACUAAGGUAAUUUGCUUGCAGGGCUCAAUACGAUGGCUGAGGAUUACCAGAUUGCAUGAUAGCGGUGUGCUUAUAUAUUUCCUCACUGUUCGCUGUUAUUCCCUGUAUUGGGAUGGGAGGGGUUGGCGCAAGGGCACAACUCCUAAUCGAUGUUGACUUGAGAAUGGGUAUUUUGUUUUCCUCUUGAUACUAACACGGGUCUUUUAUAUGUGAUAGCCCCAAUUAUAUUCAACUAUAUCGUGGUGCUAUAUAUUUGAUACAUUUAUUGUAUUACUGUUGUGAAUUGAGAGGGUUAAGUUAUGGUGAAAUUUAUUUUGGAUACAAAUGUUGAACUUAAAUCUAUUAAAAUUUAACACUGACCCUUUGAGGUACAUAUUAGAUUGCAGUUUUAAAGUUUGUAAAUCUUUUUGAUAGUGUAUGUUACCUUUUCAUAUGUUAAGUUGUGCUGUGAUCAAGCUUUGAAUUUGUAAAUAAAGCCAAAUGUUGGGAAAGUGCUGGUUAUGAGAAGUCUUCUUCA